UUCUUAAUUUCCAACAAGUACUCCUAGCUAAGUCACUACUCACAAGCUGAGAUAAAAAUGAAUAGGUCACAGCCACAACUUCAAUGGUUAUUUCUCAUGUUCUUGGUUUCACUGUUCUUCCAUUUCCAUACCUCUUAUAGUGAUGUUGGCACUGCAGCCCUGUAUUCUCCAUCAUAUUCCCCCACAGCGUGUUAUGGAAGCGAUGCAUCUCAGUUCCCAUCCAGCAACUUGUUCGCGGCAGCUGGUGAUGGAAUAUGGGACAAUGGUGCAGCUUGUGGGAGGCUGUAUUUGGUUAAGUGCAUCACUACUACUUCAACACCAUAUGCUUGUAAUCAAAACCAGACAAUUCAGAUCAAGAUUGUUGGUUAUAUUGGUCGAGCACCUUUUGCCCACUCAACUUAUAACGCCACCAUCGUUUUGUCCAACACAGCUUUUGGGACUAUUGCAAAUUCAUCAACUGGUUCUUCCUACAUCAAUAUAGAGUUUGAACGGGUUCAUGGUGAAGAUGUUGUUCCACUCGCUAGAGGUCCGGUCUCAUCCUCUGCCCCUAACCCCACCACCGAGGAUGCCGUUGGCCACUACCCCUGAUCAUGACUUCAUGAGAUGUGUAGUCCAGUUGGUGCAUAAAACAUCUUGUUGUAAUGCAGUUUCUCUAACUCUGCCCAAUGCUUUUGAUUUAAAACCUAUAAACACAUAUCUAUUCUAGUCUUUGUUUGUGCUUAAUGAAAUUUGUACUUAUAAAAAGAGAAUAUUUAGCAUUAUGUUC